CAUCUUUUUUUGUAUAAUUGAACUCGUGAGUAAAAAGGAGUGUAGAGUGACCUUUUCAGGUAUCGCCCAACACUGCACUUUUCUGCAGUGGGUUUACCUGUUGUAACCCCACCCCUUGCUUUAGAUCCGAGGCUCGCCACUGUGUGUGAGAAGUGAAUCAAGAAGACAGAAUAAGCAACAACAUAUAAUAAGGCGAAUCGUGGCGGUGAAGGAAAAGUUUCGAGAACGGGGAACGGUGAGCGGACUUUGUGUGUAUGUGGAGAGGGGAAUUGGCCACCUACCUGCCGGUCGUGAGCUCAGUUUGUGUUCGCCAGGUUGAAAAUCCGUCGUCGUUUUCCUCUCGGGGUUCGCUCUUCUCUUCAUUCCUUACAUUCCGGAUUCUUCAGGAACAUCUGUAUCGAUAAUAAGAUAAAACUUCGCGCGCAUAACGAUCAAAAGAGAAAAAAAAAAGAGAGAGAGAGAGAGACCGGUUCGUGUUUAGUAUCAUUUUGCCGACACACGAUUCUUAUGGUUAUCACGUGGAUUUUGUGACAAGAAGGAAAAAUUUUAUUUUUUUUAUUUCGGGUUAUGUUUAAUUUAAUAUCGUGUGGGCGCUCGCGCCAGAAUAUUCGCGAUUAACGUGUGAAGCGCAAGUGCAAAAAUUUAAAAUAACGUGCUUUUGUUUUUACUACUUAGAAAAGAAUUAUUAUUGUUUGUGUGUGACCUUUAGUUUUAUUGUAUUAAAUAAAAAAAAAUUUAAGUGGUUUUCAUUUGGAUAUGUUGGAAAGGGAGAAUUUGCGAUUUUAGAACGUGUCAUAAAAAAUGGCGCGGACGAGGGUCUGGUGCAUUUUACUAUGCGUGACAUUUUUACUAAGGGAUGUCACUUCAAAAGCUGGACUAUGCGAAGUGGAAACAGGACAAUCAAAUAUUAUUCUCGACAUCGAAGAAAGUAAAGGAAGUUCCAUCGAUCAAGCGACCGCGCCAGAGGAGCUUCCUGUGUCUGGUGAUCCACUGACUGAAAUCGUCUUGGAACUUAUUUUCACAGGACGAAAGCCACUUUUUAUUCUCAAGGGCAAAAAGCUUCAGCUCCUCGAGCCACUUGACAGGGACGCCGAAAAUUUGUCACACAUUGUUUUUCAAUUGACCUGUACAGUAAAAUCGACGAAUAAGAAAAGAACGAUUCCCAUCAUUGUUAGACUUUCAGAUAUUAAUGACAAUGCCCCUCAAUUUGUCAACACACCAUAUGAAACGACAGUACCGGAGCUGACACCGGUGGGUUCGACAAUUUUCAAAAAAGUACACGCGGUAGACGCGGAUGCUGGAGUGAAUUCUCUUAUAGAGUAUUCCAUUGCACCUGGGGAUGGCACCGGGAUUGGAAAUAGCGAUGGAGUUGGACGAGAUAGGGUUACAACUGCUGACGGAUAUGGUUACUUCAGCAUUAAUCUACCCCAUCAAGGCCAAGUCACUGUAAAUCGUACUUUAGACUACGAGAGAACUCAACGCUAUCUAGUCACCAUUCUCGCCUCAGAUCGAGCAAGAAAUGUUUCUGAAAGAUUCACUUCUACGACAACAUUGGUCGUUAACAUUAAAGACGACGACGAUCAAGAUCCAUCUUUCAUUUAUAAAGGCUGUAUGCUUCACAAUGCUGCCUGCAUCAAUCCUGAAUAUUCUGCAUCUGUGUCUAGCGGAGUGCUGUCUGGAAUACUCAACAUAUCCCCAGAGAAGAUUCAGGCGGUCGACAUGGACAGCAUAAAUGCACCUGUUUAUUAUUCCUUCCUUAGUGGCAGUCCACCAAAUUACAGAGAUUUCUUUGAGAUCAAUCGUUCGACAGGCGCUGUUAGACAGAUCAAGGCUGUUGAUACGUCCGCAACAAAAAAGUUUGACAUUAUCAUCAAGGCAGUGGAGGCAUCAGAGGCAGAACGUUCCGCAACGGCAAAGUUAACAAUUACCGUGAAGCCAGUGGAUAGCAAUCCACCAACAAUAACAACAUCGGCAAUCGAAGGUUUUGUUGAUGAGAAUGCACCAAUCGGUACGAGAGUUGUCGAUGAGGAAGGAAAUCCUAUUCGACUGACAGUCACAGAUGCGGAUCUGAGUCCUGAGGAUCCGAAACCUUCGUAUGUUUUUGAAUUAACAACGAAUUUUUUUACAAUCGACCAAUUUGGAAUUCUCGUUGUUAAUGAAGAAAAUCUCGAUCGAGAUCCACCAAGCCCAGGACGUUUCCGCUUUCAAGUUGUUGCCCGUGAAAAAUCCGGAAUCGCUGCAUCCUCUCCACUGUCGUUCACUGUCACAUUGAACGAUGUUAAUGACAAUGCGCCUCAACUUCCGAUGAUUCCUUCUAUAACUGUUCAGGCAGGCGAGACAACCAGAGAAAUCGUUAAGGUAACAGCCACCGAUAACGAUGAGGGUGAAAAUGCAGAGAUAACGUAUAGCAUUUAUCAUGUGUCGAAUAAUGGGCUGCAGAAAUUUAAAAUUGAUUCGAAAACUGGCAUUAUUGAGUCUAUCAGGAAACUAAAUGCCGGCGAACAAUACAGUAUAACGGUCCAAGCGACUGAUAAUGGUGGAAAGCAUUCGCAGGUGAUUGUUGAAGUUAAUGUUUUACCCGGACCCAAUACCAGGAGUCCCGUUUUCCGACAACCGGUGUAUGAAGUACAAGUUAGCGAAGGCGCCUCCAUCAAUUCAACAGUUUCAAGUAUCGUUGCAGUGGAUCCGGAAAACGAUCCAGUUUCAUACUCUAUCGUCUCCGGUAAUGACCUCAGGCAAUUCGCUAUUGGUGAUAAAUCGGGUGUUAUCACCGUUAUAAGGAAGUUGGACAGGGAAGACCUGACUCGAUAUCAGCUAUUGAUUAAAGCAGAGGAUUCUGGAGGAUUAUCGAGUACGGCUACUGUUAAUAUCAGAGUUACGGAUAUUAACGAUGAAAAUCCAAAGUUUGAAGGACUUCCUUAUGAGUUUAUAGUUAAAGAAGGAGAAACUCGAAAAUUGAUAGGUCGAGUUCAUGCUGAAGAUGCUGAUGAAGGCAUCAAUGCUGUUGUUACUUAUUUUGCACCGGAUGAUGUUCCUUUCACUGUUGAUCCUGAAACAGGAGAUGUUUUGACUAAAGUUGCUUUGGAUUAUGAACAAAAUCACGAAUACAAAUUUGUGGUGACUGCAAGAGAUGGAGCACCGGAUCAUCGAUUAGCAACAGCUACAGUUACUGUAAAAGUUCAAGACGUAGAGGAUGAGGUACCAAUUUUUCAUCAAAGCAGUUACGAAGCUCGAGUUAAAGAAAAUGUUCCUGAUUAUACUGUCGUACAAGUCAUAGCCGACGAUCCUGAUACAACCAAACGUAUCACUUAUGAAUUGAGACAAGGAGACACGGAGAUUUUUGAAAUUGAUGAAAAAACUGGAAUUAUAAAAACAAUUCGAGGUUUAGAUUACGAAAAGGAAAAGCAGCAUAUUCUUAUAGUAGGCACUUUAGAAAAUACGGGUGAUUUACCCGGAUCAACUACUCGAGUUAUUGUUAACGUUGAGGAUGUCAAUGAUAUACCACCAGUCUUCACUUCAGUGCCUCGACCCGUCACGCUCGAUGAUGAUAUUCCCAUAGGAACAACUGUAAUAAAUCUAAUUGCCGCUGAUUCUGACGGUACAUCCCCAGGAAAUCAGGUACGCUACGAAAUAACUGGAAGGGGUAUUGCAAGCAAAUAUUUUAUUAUCGAUCCUGAUACCGGAGUUAUUAGAGUACGAGACGAUCUGCGCAAGGAAACUGACACUGAAUAUCAGGUGGACGUUCGAGCUUUUGAUUUAGGUGAUCCUCAACUAUCGUCAGUGACAUCGGUGCAAAUUUUCAUUCGCCACGUGGCGACAGUGGCCCCUGAAAUUGGACUUGGCUUUGCGGAGGAUUCCUAUAAUGUAGACAUCUCUGAGGAUGCUGUUGACAAUUCUCUGAUCAAGACACUUACUGUCAUUAAUUCACAUGCUCAUGACACAACUCCAUUGAAAUGUGAAAUCUAUAGUGGAAACGAUGAUGGGCUCUUCGAAGCCAACGUCACUGAAGAGAGAAAUUGUGCUCUCAGAUUGAGAAAAGGAGCACUUGACUACGAAACCACAGAAUCCUAUCAAAUCAAAAUUAGAUUAAUUUCACUCUCCGGUUUACUUAGAUCCGAUCGUAAUACAACAAUGGUAAAAGUCCAAGUACUCGAUGUAAAUGACAAUAGUCCGGAGUUUCAAUUUCCCGAUAUGAAUAUAACAUCGGGUCGAUAUUUCGCAGCAAUUUCUUCGACAGCAAAAUUCUCGACAGCUGUCCUUCAUGUGAAAGCUCAUGAUAAGGAUAGUGGGAAAUAUGGGAAAUUAGAGUAUACAAUUUUAGAUGGACAGGGAUCAAAUUAUUUUUCAAUAGAUUCAUCAUCUGGUAGUAUUACAACAGCAGCAACGUUUGAAAAUGUAAACGCUGAUGAUUUACCAUUUAAAUUUAAUGUACAAGUUCGUGAUAAUCCAAAUUCAACGAGUAAUUUUAAUAUUGCCGAGGCUAUUGUUAUUGUCAAUCUUAUUGGUGAGGAGAAUUUAUUGGUAAUGUCAAUUGAGAAAGCUGCUCAUGAAAAUUUACACAAAGAUGGACAAAAAAUUGCCAAACUUAUUGAAGAAAAAACGGGACUUUUGGUAGGUAUCGAUAGAAUUGUUGUGAGAAUGAUGAAAACAGAAAAUGGAACUAUUGAAAUUCCUGAAGAUUCGGAUGUUUGGUUCUAUACGAUUGACCCAGUAACGGAAACAAUACUUGAUAGAAACAGCACUCGACUUUAUAGAUCAGUAUUGGAGAAACAUGCAAUGUCGAAUAUUACCUACGACGUAUCGCCUUUGAUUCGAGCAACGGCCACUGAAAUUCAUCCACCAGUCAUGCCAUCGGAACAAGUUCGCAAAACACAAACAGCAGUGGUUUUUAGUGGCGAGGUUUUUCCAUAUGCGCUUAUCAUCAUUGCAUGUAUUAUCUUCGUACUUGGCAUCGCUGGAAUAAUUUACAUUUGUGUAUCUUGGUCGAGGUACAAAGCGUACAAGGAUCGUAUGCAGCGCAUGUACGUUGUUCCGAGAUAUGACCCAGUUUACGUAGAACCAAAUCUGAAGGAAUAUGAAACACAAGUCCUUCAAAUGAGCGUCCCUGUUGAUGACAAUGACAGUUACAACGAUUUACAAAUUGAUUUUAGUAAUAAAAAUCAUGCAUUUAGUCUUGAUAAUGUGAGCUACAUCACCAAAGAUCCCGGCGAAAGUACAGGUCAACAAAGUCCUGUUAGUUCGGAAGCUGCAACAACAGCACGUGCAUCUAGCAUAGUUGGCAAUCAUGCCGAUUCAAAUAUGCAAUCAUUGCGUCUCUCAACAUUAGGAAGAAAAAAUGGAAAUGAAAUAAAUACAUUAAAUAAUCAUCAUACACCGGUUCUCAAUCCACUUUAUAAUCAGGGCGGUGAUAUUUUAAGUCAAAGUCCUUCAAAUGAUAAUGUGAUUUUUUGCGAAAGAAAAGACUAUUCCCAUCUUGGAUUCACUUAUUUAGGCGAUCAAAGCCCCGUAGAAACUACCACGGAACUUUGAAAUAAUUAUCAUAAUAAUAAUUAUCCUUAUAUCCAAAGCGAUAAAACGUACUGAAAGAAAUCAAUUUUUUUUUUACAAAAAUUACAAUCAAAGAAGAUUUUAGGUAUUUUAAUACUCUAAAAUAUAUAAUUUUUUUUUAUAGAAAAUUAUUCGAAAAUUUAACUUGAGAAAAAAAAUUAAUUAAAUAUUAAAUGAACUGAACUUGAAUUUAAAUGUUCAAAGAACUGAAUUUGAGUUUGUACAAUUUCUAAACGUAUCCAAAGCAACAGAAUAGGUACACUACCCUGUUAUAAAUUAUGAGAGAACGUCUGUUUUUUUAAUGAAUGAAAGAAUUUUUAAAACAUACAAAACAAAAAAGCUAAAACGUUCUCUAUUUUUAGAUAAUAAAAUAAAAGAAUGAGAUUUAAAGUAAUAUUUUUUUAUAUAAUUUUUUUUUUAUAAAAUUAUAGUAAUAUGAAUAAUAAAUAGUUUAAAUUUGUUAAAGUUUUGAGAAACUGAAAAUAAUUAUUUUUAAAAAUCUAUUCAGAAUUUUAUCUACGAAGUGAAAGUAAAAAAAUUUUUGGUUUUUAUAUUUUGUAGUUUGUUUGUUUUUUUCAUUCAUUUAACAAACAGGUUAAACAGGUUAACUACACAAUAAUUCACAAUGUUUGAUGUACAAAAAAGUAUAAUUUCUAAAAUUUAGAGAAUAAAUUCGUACAAACUCAUGGUUUAUUCCAAGAUGAAUUAUUGUAGAUAUAUAAUAAUAAAAAAAAAUCAUAUUUCUCACGCGUUAUACCGAGAAUAACUGUGGAUUAGUGAGAAGUUAUCGGUUUUUUGUCGAUAUAUAUAUAUAAAUAUAUUUUAUGACUUAUCAGUGGAGAGAAUCUCAUUGUGAAUUGUUUCUAUUUAUUACAUAUGUGAAACGAGGCAGUAAGCGCCAUUCGAUACUAAAAAGAAUGCUUGAGAGAUAUUGUUUUAUAUAUAUAUUGUAAUGUAUAUGUGUGUGUUGAAAAAUGAGAAAAUGUUGUGUAUUUGAAUCAUCUUCGUUAAUUAAUGUAUUAUAGAUUAUUUAUAUAAUUUUGAUUGCUCAUUUUAUAAUUAUAUAUGCCUAUAUAUUUUCCCUGAUGUGAAUGUGUAAUGGAAUAAUUGAGAAGCUGAGGAUUCUAGAAUCCAAAUUUUUUAAAUUAAAAAAAAAUUAAUUAUUAUAUAAUUAAUUAAUUGUGAUUAUCGACUUUUAGAAUUCUGUUAAUUCUUGCGCAAGUUGAAUUUAAAAAUCUUUCCCCUCUUUAAAAAAGAAAAAAAAAAAAAAAAUUGUGGAUAAAAUUUUGUAUUUUUAAAAAUUUCCUUUGCAAUUAAUCACUAGGACUUUGGUUUAAAUAUCCGCCCGAAGGAAAAUUGUCUUUUAAAUCGAUUUUAGAAUUUAGGCAAACGAUAUCGAAUGGUCCAUUUAGCUAAAGGAGAAUUUAGUGAAAAUGAGAAGAAACUAUUUUUUUUCAAGUUAAUUAAUUUGUAAUUAAAAUACUAUCAACGAAAUAUAUUUUAAGGGCUUUGUACUUAUAUAUAAUUGACAUUGACAAAAGCUAAUCUAAUUUAACUAUUCAAAGACUUGUUUCUUCUUUAUUAAUUUCUAAUAUGUAAAUAAAUCUCUUUAUUAUUUUGUCAAUAGUUGUAUCGUGAAAUUUUUUUUGUAAACUGGAUAUUAUUACUGCCAAUAAUCGAAAAAUAUUUUAGGUACAAAUUUUUUUGGUGAAUAUUGUCAUCACCUGAAAUAAAGUUACUCUCAUGGUUGAUUAAUUCUUAAGUGAAUGAUUUUUGUAAAAGCCAUUGUAUAAACUUGUUAAUACAUAAUAAUAAAAAAUUUAUUAUAUUACGUA